UAUAUUUCCUGUUUAUUACUUCCGCUUCCUGUGGAGCUCCACCUGACUGGACGCUUCCUCGUUCCAGUCUGGUAUUUUUACUGCUCCUUGCAGCUUCUCCUCCAGCUUCUUCUCCAAGCUGAAGUCUCUCUCCCACCACAGUCAUGUCAACCAAGGUCGCCAUUGUCACUGGAAGUAACAAAGGCAUUGGGUUUGCCAUCGUCAGAUCGCUCUGCAAGCAGUUCCAAGGGGACGUUUACCUCACUUCCAGAGAUGUUGAUCGAGGUCAGGAGGCCGUAGAGUCUCUGGCCUCAGAGGUGAAGCCUCUGUUUCACCAGCUGGACAUCAACGACCUGAACAGCAUUAAAACAGCUGCUGCUUUCUUCAAGGGGAAGUACGGAGGAGUGGACAUCCUCAUCAAUAACGCUGGGAUAGCUUUCAAAGUGGCUGACACGGCUCCGUUUGGGACUCAGGCUGAGGUCACUUUGAAGACCAACUUCUUCGCUACCAAAGACAUGUUGACUCACUUCAUGCCUCUCAUCAAAGCUGGAGGUCGUGUUGUGAAUGUUUCCAGCUUUGUUGGCUCCCGCACUCUGAACAACUGCAGUCAAGAACUCCAGCAGCGUUUCCGUAGCGACGACAUCACAGAGGACGAGCUGGCGGUACUGAUGCAGCGAUUCGUUGACGCGGCCAAAAAGGGCGAACACAAACAAGAUGGAUGGCCGGAUACGGCCUACGGAGUGUCGAAAACUGGACUGACGACGCUGUCCAUGAUCCUGGCUCGUCGUCUGUCUAAGGAGAGGCCAAAUGACGGGAUUUUGCUCAAUGCCUGCUGUCCUGGAUGGGUGCGCACAGACAUGGCCGGUCCAAAAGCCCCCAAGUCUCCAGACGAGGGCGCCGUCACGCCGGUGUACCUGGCUCUGCUUCCGGCAGAAGCAGCUGAACCCCACGGGAAGUUUGUCUCUGAGAAGGAAGUUCAGCCGUGGUGAAAAACCUGCAGGCAGCUCAUGUUUAAAACACAAACACUAGUCUAAUAAGGUCAAAUUUUCUUGCUAUUUACAUAUUUUAGCAACAUUAGCAUUCAGGAAUCUAAUAAUGAACCAAUGUACUUCUAUAUUAAAUAAUGCUCUUCUGUAGGUCAUUUUUCAAAGGUGCUUUAUUGCUUUAAUGGUCAAACCAAUGUGAUGUUUUUGUGCCUGUUACUUCAAAUGCCUUCAGUAUUUGAAUGUUUAAAGUGCUGACCAAGUUUAUUUUUGCCUUUAUUAUUCCUCACUGUUACUACAUUGGAAAAUUUCCAAUUACCUUAAUGUGAUGAAGUUACCUGUUCUAAAUUAAAAAGUGAAAAUGUUUUUCUACAAUAAAAUAUUUUUUUCCUAACUGCAUUGAUUUAUUAAAGAUUUUCAAACAGCUCUUGAUCAAAAAUACUAAUAAAGUGACUGACAAAACAA